UUCACUGCUUACACUGUCAGCUCCAGGCUGUGAAACCAAAGCCUCACCUUAGUUAUAACUAUUUUAUAACAUGAAGACAAACGAAUAGAUAUACUGGCAAACAUAGAAUGUGCUAUUAAACAGCUACAAUUUUUUUGCUUACAAUUUUACAAGUCAGUUAUUAUACCCGUAUCUGUAAAAGCAUUAGAAGAUGGAGUUCUCUCUGAUCCCAGCGCAGCAUUAUGCAGUCGCCUUCAUGGACUCCCCGUUGAAUGGCAACACAUCCCUCCAGACAUCUGCAUCUAACCUGAAUGCCAACCUCUCCCAGCCUGUGGAGCACGAGGACGAGGGCAAAUUCUCCAGCGAUGCCAUCUGGCUGUGGGUGGCCAUCAUUGCAACUGUCUGCAACAUUGUGGUCGUGGCAGUGGGUGCUGGAGCUUGCACAUCAGGAAAAGGCGAAGGAAUUUUGACACUAUACAGAUUUUGUCUGCAGAUAUAUCUAUGAAUUUACUCAUGUGGUUGUUGAGUCUCUGAAUCCAGAUGAAAGUGAUACAUUUAGUAAAGCUAUUUUACUGAAUGUCUACAGUUAUGUCUAAACUAGACUGGGUUAACUUAAUAAAGUAUGCUUUUCAAAGAGAAGGAUUUAAAAGAUCAACAUGCUUCAAUCCUGUAAAAAAACAUUACAUUUGCAUUCCUUCCUAAAGAUAAAGAUUUAUUUAUUUAAUUUUAAUCAUGCAGCAAGACCACUGAGCCAACACUGGAAAAUCUAAAUGUCAACAUCUUAAAAAACAAACACGUUCAUCAUCUUAGUGGUGAGAGCCUUAUAAGAAGAAUGAUUCAAUUAAUAUGUAUAUGUAUUAUAUACUUCACUUCUCAUGAGCUAGUUUAAAGUAAAUCAUUUCCAGAAAUCCAUAUGGUUUUCCUAUUCUUUUUUUUUUUUCUCAAACAUCUGCUUCCAGGAAUGUUUUGUUAUAUGUUCCUGAUGUUUCUAUUUCUUUGGGAUUGUUCAAAGGUGGAAGAUUUGGGAAUUGUAAUAGUAAAUAUUGCCUGAUUACAUUAUAGGAAUGCCUUCUUAAAAUCUUUAAGCUAUAUUGAUAGUAAGAGGAGUGCACUUUGUGUAUAAAGGCAUCAUCUUGUUUAAAAUUAUUAAUUGAUGCCUCCAUUAGACAUUAGGAAAUCUUAUAAUUGCACUUUAUGCAUGCUCUAUCAGCUUGUGCAGUAAUAAAUGAAUCAGCAUGUCAUGUACAGUACAUUGAACUGAGGAAUGGAAUGUUAUAACAAAUGCAGCUGGUGAGAGACCACAAUUAUACUAUUUUAAUAUGAAUUAAUUUACAGCUAGCAUUUAUGUAUUAAUGCAUGCAAAACAUUUGGUGUUUCUUUUUGUAAACUAUUUGGAUAGUAGGAUUUUUGUUGCAAACCUAAUGCAUAUUUGUGCAUAUUAAAAUAUGUUUCCACAGAACUCACAUACUCUUA